CUUAUUUUUUGUGUUUUACAGGCUCAUAAGUCAGUGAACUUCGUUUCAACUUUGCUUCAGAUCACUAUGUCCGAGCAACUGGAUUUACCAGUGAGACAGGCAGGGGUUAUCUACUUGAAAAAUAUGAUAACCCAGUAUUGGCCGGACCGGGAAACUGCACCUGGAGAGAUUCCACCUUACUCCAUCCCAGAAGAAGAUAGACACUGUAUUCGUGAAAAUAUUGUAGAAGCCAUUAUUCACUCUCCUGAGCUGAUUAGAGUACAACUUACUACUUGCAUUCAUCAUAUUAUCAAGCAUGAUUAUCCUAGUCGUUGGACUGCAGUUGUGGAGAAAAUUGGGUUUUACCUUCAGUCUGACAACAGUGCUUGUUGGCUUGGGAUUCUUCUGUGUCUUUAUCAACUUGUGAAAAACUAUGAGUAAGUGGUGUGUGUUUUUUUUUUUCCUAU